AUGGCAUCGACAAUCGAAAUUGCCUCUGCAAAGCGAUCUCUACCGCUUUGCUCUCCUCAUUUGAUGCCGUUUAAAAUCUCUCACUCCGGCCCCGCCCCUGUCUCCACGUAUUUCCGCGUUAAACCAACAACCGUGUCUCUCCCACUACCUCCGAACAUCCCCUCCGCCCAGUCUAAUCCUCAUGACGAGAAUGAAACAACAGACCCAAACUUUAUGGAAAUUGAUACCACUCCAUUGAAUCAGGCUAAUGAGCUUCCGGAUGAUGGUCAGCCGAUUCCUGGUCCGUCACAGUCGGCUGCAAAGCGAUUUACUUCGGCAUUUCGAGGGCGCGCGAUGCAAGGGCUCACCGUCGACCUACCGCAGGGAUACACUGGCAUCGUUCUGCGCGGCGACUCGUCAAAGUUUGGCACAACUCAGAGGACGAAAACGAAGGAGAAAUGGAAUGGCAGAGGGCGGACGAGCGGAAAGCAGAAGACUGCAAAAGCUGCACAGGAGGUUGAUGAUAAUGCAGAGGAAUUGCACGGAGAAGCAGAGGGUACCGUUGACGGAGACGAAGAUGCGAUCCGAGUGCUUAGACCCACAGCAAAAUUCGACUCAUUUGUCUUGUGGCAUCCUGAUAUACCAGUCGACGAGGGCAAGGACGAGUAUUUGAGAUCCCUGAACGAAUGGAUAGGCUUGGCUGCUGAGAUCCAUAAGAUUGAAGACUAA